AUGCAGGAUGUAGUUGAAAGGUUGAGACAUUUGGAAGGAAACAAGGGUAUAAAGGGUCUCAAUUAUGAAGACUUGUGUAUCCACCCGGACGUAGAGCUGCUGGAGGGGUACAAACCUCCCAAGUUUGAAUUAUACAAUGGGACUGGAGAUCCUAAAGUGCAUCUGCGUGUGUACUUUGACAAACUCGCGGGUGUAGGAAAGAAUGAGAAAAUUCAGAUGAAGCUAUUUAUGAGAAGCCUCAUGGGAGAGGCUCUCACAUGCAAUACUUCGAGUUGGACUUACAUGCAGGUGAUGAAGAAGAAACCUAAUGAAUCCUUCCAUGAGUACGCUAUGAGAUGGAGGGCCGAGGCUGCGAGAUCUAGGCCUCUAGUUGAGGAGCAACAAAUAAAGGAAUAUUUUUUUAAGGCACAAGAGCCACAGGACCUUGAUAAGCUGAUAAUAGUCAGAGACAAAAGUUUCUCUGAAAUCAUCAGAAUAGGAGAAAUGUUUGAAGAGUGUCUAAAAAAUGGUAGCAUUAUCCGCUUAAACACUCAAUCUGCAGGAAUAACAAAAAAUAAGAAGAAGAAGGAGAUAGGAUCGGUAAUGGCGGCCCAUCCUUCGGAGAUUGUCCCAAUCCAUGAAAGCCCCACUAUAUCAAAUGUCUCCUUCUUACCAAAUGCCUCCACAAUUCUCAAGUCCCUCCUAUCCCGUAUAUAA